UUCGUUGCCGCAAUUUUUGCAUAUUAUAAUAAAUAUCAGAAAAAAGAGAAGAAGAGACGGAAGAAAGUACGGAAAGGAAAAGAGAGAGACAGAGAAAAUAUCCGCUCCUGAUCCUACACAUGUGCGGGUCACAUGAGUGUCGAGUUUAACUGAGAAAAAGAGGGAGUAAGAGCAAGGAGAGGGAGGAGAAGAACGACACGCGGAACUGAGGGAUGUUAAGCGUGCGUAACAUACCAGAGAUGAGGAAAUUUCAUAUUCCGGAGGAAAGGAAAGAGACUGUGAAUCAGUCGCUCAUUGAUAAAGACAGCGUUUUCGUAAAUAGUCUAUUCUGAGGUUCUGUGUCUAACAAUAUGGCAACACGUAAAGAAGAGACAACGAAGCAGCGAUACCAAGCAAACGCUCGAGAAAGGGAUCGCACUCAUAGGUGAAAAACACAAUUGAAAAAUAUGGUCUUGUGCAGCGUGAACACGGCUUUCACCGUACUGAGAACUUUGAUUCCAACGGAACCGGCUGACCGGAAGCUAUCGAAAAUAGAGACUUUAAGAUUGGCCAGCAGUUACAUUAGCCAUUUGGAUGCUAUACUCAUCGCGGGUGCCAUAGAUCAACCCUGCUCACGUCUCCUGAAAAAUAGCGACGUUUAUUCGACAAGACCACAAGUUUGUACUUUUUGCUUGGCAAUGCAUAAAAAAUAUAAUUUUAACGUUUCCGAAAUAAUUUCUGAUUGAAAUGUUGAAGCAGUGCUGUGCAUCUUUAUGCCAACGAAUAUAAUGCGUGUGUUUUUAUGUAAAUAUAAAUAA